GCAGGCCGAACGAGAGAUAUGGAGGAAAACAAUUCGCUGGUGUACGGGUUGGAGUUUCAGGCCCGGGCGCUCGCAUCGCAGCAAGCGGAGAGCAACGAUGUACGGUUUUUCGUCGCGACGCAAAGUCUCAAACCGAACAAUCAGCUGCACGUUGUGGAUCUCAACGAGGACAGUUCCGCGCUCCAUCCGCACAUAUUCGCGCACCCGCUGGGCGAAGUGUGGAAGCUGACCGCGAGCGCCCACAACCCGCGGCUGCUAGCCAGCUGUUACAGUGUGCUGAAGGGUGGCACACAGAUCGUGAUGCAAACCGCGCUCCUGACGCUGCCGGAAUCGCUAGAAUCGAAAGACCCCGAGCAGGAGUUUCUGACGUUCGCCAGCGUGGAACAGCUGGCCACGGAGGGCUACGGGAGCGAGAUACGCACGACCGAGUUUCAUCCGAGCGACGCCAAUCAGCUGGCGUGCGUGGUGGACGGGAAGAUUGUGCUGUUUAGCCGGAGCGAAGCCGUGACACGGGUGGCCGCGGAGAUCAGUGCGAAGAGUGUGCCAAAGUUCACCACCGGCCGGUGGUCACAUUUUCACCAGGGCAACCAGUUCAUCGCUUUGCACGAUUGUAGCGUAAGGUCCUACGAUGUGCGGGAUCCGAAUCAUUGCGUGUGGAGCAUCGAGGAAGCCCACAACCAGCUGGUGCGGGACUUGGACUGCAAUCCCAACAAGCAGUGCCACAUCGUGACGGGCGGUGACGAUGGUGUGCUGAAGGUGUGGGACUUUCGAAACACCAAGGAACACGUGUUUGCGCGCAACGACCACCAUCACUGGAUCUGGAGCGUGCGCUUCAAUACGUACCACGAUCAGCUGCUCCUGUCGAGCGGCAGCGAUGGCAAGGUGCUGCUGACGUGCGCCGGUAGCGUUAGUUCCGAGGCGCUGGAAGGCGGUGGCAGUAGUGCCAGCGGGGACCCCGCAGAACCAGGGGACGGUGGCGAUCUGAAGGAGCACCUGGCCGACGGGCUGCUGCACACGUUCGAUCAGCACGAGGACUCGGUGUACGGCGUCGAGUGGAGCACGGCCGAUCCGUGGAUGUUUGCGUCGCUCAGCUACGACGGCCGUAUGAUCAUCUCGAAGGUACCGAAGCAGUACAAGUAUCAGAUACUAUUGUAGGAACU